GGCGCGCCCCCGCCACGGGAGCGUUGGCAGGCGGGAGGCCCGAGCUGCGCCCCUCGGGCUGAGCCUCCCUGGGCUGCCGGCAGCUCGCUCGGGUGGCAGGUUUGGUUGGGUGGUUCCUGCAGAGUUCAUGGCGGGACAGUCUUUUAAUUAAAGAGUCACCUUUCCUUCCUGGAGACUCCAGGGCAAUCCUGGAGGCUGGCAACCCUAGGCCUCGCCUGGCUCUGUGGGCCCUGUGCUGGCGUCAGAAGUAGGGCGGGUCCGGCCCGGCUGCUUGGAGGGGCUAGUCACCCCCGGGGCUGACAGCUGGCUGGGCCGCUCUGUAGCCAUAGGGCUGAGGGCCCCCGGGGCCUGGUGGGGUGACACAGGGGCCGCUGCCGGCGAGAGCCCCUGCGGAGGAGUCUAAUGUGCGAUGGCUGGUGGCCAAGCUCAUUCGUGGCGCGAAAGAGGCUCCGCAGCGGCUCUGCGCCAAGCCCCUGGCCUUGGGGAGAUUUUUACUCUAAACUCACCUCCACCCCCUUGGCUUUGGCGCUGUGAGGGGUGUGACCUGCCCCUGUUCACCUGGGGGCUCUGACUGACACGGCUGCUACUCUGAAACCUGGCCUAACCAUGUGAUUUGACUUCUUGGCAGCUGUCCCCUGACACCUUGGAGAGGAAAUGGCUGCUUGGUUGCUGCUUGUGCUUCCACUGGCUUCUGCAGAAGGUGUGACGUUUCGCUUUGCAUCCUAUUAUGAUGACCACAUGGUAUUACAGAAGAAACCAGCUGGCGCAGUGGUAUGGGGCUACGGGGAAGCUGGCGCUAAUGUUACCCUGUCUCUUUCCAAAGGCAGCAAAGUAAUAAUGAAGAAAAUGGCACAAGUUGAAGAGCACUCGGAGACCUGGAAGGUUGUACUGGCUCCUAUGGAUCAUGGUGGCCCUUAUAGUGUGAUGGCAGAGCAGCAUUCUAGGGAAGAGCCAAAGAAUCUGACGCUGCGGGAUAUCUACUUUGGAGACGUCUGGCUUUGCAGUGGGCAAAGUAACAUGGAGAUGACAGUUUCCCAGAUAAUCAAUGCCAGUAAGGAGCUGUCCGAGGCAUCUCUCUAUCCAUAUAUCCGUGUGUUCACGGCCUCUCUUAUUCAGUCUGAAGUGGAAUUGCAGGACCUGGCUAAGAUUGACUUGGAGUGGUCUGUACCGACAGCUGAAAACUUGGGUCACGGGAACUUCAGCUACUUCUCAGCUGUGUGUUGGCUGUUUGGCCGUCACUUAUAUGAGACGCUCCGGUACCCCAUAGGCUUGGUGCAGUCCUCCUGGGGAGGGACCUGCAUUGAGGCCUGGUCCUCAGGAAGGGUGCUGCAGGAGUGCGGGCUCACAGGUGACGCCAGACGGUUUCUUUUUCCCACUCUGCUUUCUGGCCCUAAGAUGCCCUCUGCACUCUGGAAUGCGAUGAUCCACCCGCUCCUCAACAUGUCCCUCACGGGCGUUAUCUGGUACCAGGGUGAAUCAAACGCCUUCAUGAACACGGAUCUGUACAACUGCACUUUCCCGGCUCUCAUCGCGGACUGGCGCAGGGCCUUCCACGCCGGGUCUGACGGGCAAACGCAGCCGCUCUUCCCCUUCGGGUUUGUCCAGCUAUCCACGUUCCGCCACCAGGAGUGGGAUGACCGUUUCCCCCGCAUUCGGUGGCACCAGACCGCUGACUACGGCUACGUGCCCAACAAGAUACUGGCCAAUACCUUCAUGGCCGUGGCGGUGGAUCUGUGCGACGAACACUCGCCCUAUGGCAGCAUUCACCCCCGGGAUAAGCAGACUGUGGCAUAUCGGCUGCACCUGGGAGCCCGAGCUGUAGCAUAUGGAGAGAAAGACCUGGUCUUCCAAGGCCCAUAUCCUACAAAAGUCGUGGUGGAUGGAGCCAGGGGCCUCAUUAACGUCACGUAUGGCCAGGAACUCCGGCUGCUUCUAAUGCACAACCGCAUCUUUGAGGUGUGCUGCUCUGACGGGCCCCAGCUCUUGGCGCAGGAGCCGUGCCAGUGGCUUCCAGCACCCAUGCUGUCUGCAUCUUCCCACACAGUGACGCUGGCCGGCCCUGGCUGCAGGGACGCUGCCACCCGCCUGCGCUAUGCGUGGACAGAGUGGCCGUGUGAAUACAGACAGUGUCCCAUUUACAACAAGCACCUGCUGCCAGCACCUCCAUUUGUUAUCGACUCUCUGCAUUAGGAACAGGCUGGGCCAACUGCUAAGCGGCUAUAGGCACGUAGCCAGGGCCUUAUCAAAUUCAUGCUCCAUUUUGGUAAAUUUCAUGAUCACAGGAUUUUUAAAAUCUGAAAUUUCACCAGGUUGUAACCAUGGGGGUCCUGACCUAAAAGGGGGAAGGUCGGGAGCAGUCACAAGGCUACUGUAGUGGGGACGCGAUAUUGCCACCCUUACUUCUGCACUGCUGCUGGUGACGGUGCUGCCUUCAGAGCCAGGAUCCCAGCCAGCAACCGCGGAGCUUCCUGCAGCCAGGUUGAUUCCCAGAGGUGGGUCUGACCCAGCCUCCGGCAGCGAGCUGUGCAGGGGAAGAAGUAGUCCCUCCUGUCCCUCCCCAGCCCAGCCGGGUCUAGCAGCUGGAGCCCAGCACAAGGUAAGAGCCCCCAGCCAGGGCACCCCCAGCCAUGCCCCUCCCCAGCACCAUGCCCAGCACUUGGGGCUUAUAGGGCUGUUGGGCUGGCUGUGUGUGGAGGGGGGGAAUGACCAUGGCGCCCUUAGCAGUUGCCCACAUCAUGCACCUGUAAGGCCGGCCCUGGCUCCCUGCAAAAAGUAACAAACCCUCCCACCACACUGUGCCACCCUCACUUCUGUGCUGCUGCUGAGGGCGGUACUUCAGAGCUAGACGGCCAGAGAGUGGAGAGCAGCGGCUGGUGGCUGGGCACCCAUCUCGGAAGGCAGAGGUAAGGGUUGCCAUCCUGUGACCCUCCCCCUACAGUAGCCAGAUUUCACGGGGGAGACCUGAUUUCUCGAUAUGUGACGUGGUUUUCACAGCUGUGAAUUUGGUAGGGCCCUACUCAUAGCCAGUGAACACUCCACCUGCCCUGUUAGGCAGAGAUUCCCAAAGCCGCCGAGGACGUUGGAUACCCGUUAAAAUCAAUGGGAAUUGGACGUCCAGCUCCCCUGGGUGCUUUGGAAUUCACAUUGAUUCAGAAACAGCUUCUUCUUUAUACCACAACGCCAUGGAUUUGGCUAGUCUAACCAGUGCCUGACUGGUAUUACGCAAGCUUUCCUGGACCGGGUCAGACCUGGAUAAGUCCAGCCAAGUGUCCUGUUUAAUUACAGCCAGUACCUGUCUCGUCGGAGGAACAGGCAGGGCACCCCCUGGUGUCCUGAGGUGGAAUUACCUGCCCCCAGGAGAGGUGUCUACCUGGCCCCCUGCAUAGAAUCAUAGAAGAUUAGGGUUGGAAGAGACCUCAGGAGGUAUCUAGUCCAACCCCCUGCUCAAAGCAGGACCAAUCCCCAACUAAAUCAUCCCAGCCAGGGCUUUGUCAAGCCGGGCCUUAAAAACCUCUAAGGAUGGAGAUUCCACCACCUUCCCAGGUAACCCAUUCCAGGGCUUCACCACGCGCCUAGUGAAGGUGUUUCCUAAUAUCCACCCUAGACGUCCCCCACUGCUCCUCGUUCUGUCAUCUGCCACCACUGAGAAUAGCUGAGCUCCAUCCUCUUUGGAACCCCUCUUCAGGUAGUUGAAGGCUGCUAUCAACCUCCCCCCCUCCACACACACACACACACACUCUUCUCUUCUGCAGACUAAAUAACCCCAGUUCCCUCAGCAUCUCCUCAUAAGUCAUGUGCCCCAGCCCCUGAAUCAUUUUCAUUGCUCUUCACUGGUCUCUCUCUAAUUUGUCCACAUCCUUUCUGUAGUGGGGGGCGCAACACUGGACGCAAUAUUCCAGGUGUGGCCUCACCAGUGCCAAAUAGAGGGGAAUAAUCACUUCCCUCGAUCUGCUGGCAGUGCUUCUACUAAUGCAGCCCAAUAUGCUGUUGGCCUUCUUGGCAACAAGGGCAAACUGCUGACUCGUAUCCAGCUUCUCAUCCACUGUAACCCCUAGGUCCUUUUCUGCAGAACUGCUGCUUAACCAUUCGGUCCCUAGUCUGUAGUGGUGCAUGGGAUUCUUCCGUCCUAAGUGCGGAACUCUGCACUUGUCCUUGUUGAACCUCAUCAGAUUUCUUUUGGCCCAUCAGUCAGUGGCUCAGGUCCUGAAGCAAGAAGAUUUAUAUAUGUCCCAAUAAUUAUUUGACCCUCUAAUGUAACUAUAGAUGUUCUUCAUAUCCAUGUAAACAUUCAGUCCUCUAAAUAAUGAGUCCUGCUAAGCUCUUGGCCUCAGUGAUAUCUUGUGGCGGUGAGUUCCAUUGGUCAAUUAUGCUGUGGGGUAACAGUGCACUUUACCCUGUCACUGUGCCACAGGCUGUGCCUGGAAGUUGGUGUCCUGGCAUGCUCUAUGUAGAUUUAGGAGCAUCUGUAGCCUGCGUGGAAGGCUGUAGUCUGUAAGGAACUCCAUCACAUUGCGAAAAAAGCAUUACGUUAGACUGGUUGUGGUUCUCCAGUCCAGUAACUGGGCAAAGUCCGUUGGGUAUUUCCAGCUGGCUCUCUAACCUGCUGUGACGUUGUAUGAGUAAAAUAUGACCAUGUAGAUGAUUGUUGCUACCACUGUUAUAUAAUUGCAACAAAUCUUGUACAAAAUAUGUCACAUAAGGUGUCAAUGGAAACAUUGUGAUUUGCUGAAUAUAAUUAUCGUAUUUGUAUGCAUGUAUCAUUGUUGUAUCUGACGUUACGAAUAUUGACUACCUCUAUUUCAAAUAUGUUUGCUCCUGAGCAACACCCACAAGGUAGUUUGCAUCCAGUCUAGCCAGCACAUGAUGAAGGGACUAUUCUAGUUGAUGGCCCAUCAACAAACAUAAGACCAUGGAAGAAGCUUAUUCCUGCCUGAUGGACUUUCUAGCUAGAAUAUGGGCAAUGGCUCUGCUAUGACUCAUUGAAACAGGCAAGGGCAUGUGACUAGAUCAUGUGAUUCUGGACUCCAUCUUGUGCCUGUGUUUUUCCACUAACUGUGCUGAGGGCUUUGCUUGGAACAAUGAGUUUCCCUCCACAUGGCAGAAGCUAUAAAAGGCCCUGGAAGCAUCUCCAGUGUUCCUCUUUCCUGCUUUGAUCUCUGGACUUAUAUAAUGGGAGGAGUCUAACCAAGGGAUUGAGGACCUUCCAUUGAUUUGGGAGCAAUCAGAGACUUAACAAGCCAGCAAUUUAUGCCAUCAGUGCUUCAAGCCUGAUCCAAUGAUUGAUAUGCAAUUAUUGUAUGUACUUGAUUCCUUUAACCAAUUUUAACUCUCACUCUUUCUUUUUAUAAAUAAACCUUUAGAUAUUAGAUACUAAA